AUGGAAACUGACGGCCGGACUAAAGCCUAUAAAUUCGUCGCCUACGCCGCUGUCUCGUUUUCGAUUGUUGCCGUGCUUUCUGUAGUGCUAACCCUACCUAUGGUCUAUAAUUAUGUCAAUCAUGUACGACGACAAAUGCAGCAUGAAAUUUCAUUCUGCAAGGGAUCGGCCAAGGAUAUUUUUGCCGAGGUAAAUUUCAUGAAAGCUCACAAUGGACAAAUUGCAUCACGAAAUCGUACUUCCCGUCAAACGAGUUAUGGUAGUGCUCCAGAGGUGAACCCUUCGCCAAACCUCCAGUGUGAAGGAUGCUGUCUACCUGGACCUCCAGGACCAGCCGGACCACCAGGAAAGCCUGGAAGACCUGGACGGCCAGGUGCGCCAGGAACACCUGGAAUACCCGGCAAGCCGCCUACGGCGCCAUGUGAGCCUACAACUCCUCCUCCAUGUAAGCCAUGCCCACAAGGACCACCCGGACCUCCUGGACCACCGGGACCACCUGGAGACCCAGGAGAGGCUGGUACUCCUGGACGGCCCGGAAACGAUGCACCCAAUGGAUCACCAGGACCUCGUGGACCGCCUGGACCUGCAGGAGAACCUGGACAGCCAGGGCCUCAAGGAGACCCAGGAGUGCCUGCACAGAGUGAACCACUUACGCCUGGAGCACCUGGAGAGCCCGGCGAUGCAGGACAACCGGGACCGCCAGGACCACCCGGAGCGCCUGGAAAUGACGGUGCACCAGGACCACCUGGACCGAAAGGAGCACCUGGGCCUGAUGGACCACCAGGAGUUGACGGACAGCCAGGGCCACCAGGGCCUCCUGGACCUGCCGGUACCGGCGGAGAAAAGGGUAUCUGUCCGAAAUACUGCGCCAUAGAUGGUGGAGUCUUCUUCGAAGACGGCACCCGUCGUUGA